GGGCUGAAGGAAUUUUCAGGGAAGGGGCAAAACGUGGAAACACUUGCAAAGGGAAGACCUUUGCCUCAGGCCCCUUGGCUGGGUGUGUUUCAGUUAAGAUGGGCACUUAUGUUCAGAGGAGCACUGGAGCAGUGACAGGGCUCUCAUCUGGGACGGAAUAGUAACUAGCUGUGAGGUUAGAAUCAAAGGGAAUCCCAGGAGCUUUUUUUUUUUUCUUGGAAAGCAGAAACCCUGCUGUGAAAUCUGGAGCGGGGUUGUUGGGUUGAGGGGCUGACCAAAGCGAUGCCAGCAGCAACCCAGUCUCCUAAGUGACCCAGGCCAGGGUCUGGAAACAACGGGGUGUCCUGGCGCCAGUCAGGGGGAGCUUCCAGCAGGGCCAAGUCCCUUUCCUCAUCUCUGCCCUCGGGGGUGUUUUUCUCCUUUCAGUCCAGGGCUACAGGCAGGCAGGAGAAAUUCACACCUGGAAUAUCUCGAGGAGGCGCCUUAUUUCCUCUGAGCCCUUGCAGAGUGUCGAGAGGGAGCUCAUGUCUCUCCUCCGACCCCAAGAGUCCACAGUCUUCCCUCACACCCUUUUAUUCUCCGACGAGGCCCGUGUGGUGAGCGGGAACCCCUGCUGUCCCCUGGACCAGCGCGGAGCUGGGCCCUAACUUUGCAGUUCCCGCCGCAUCGGCACGCCCCCGCAAGGUGGGAGCGGGAAGCCCAGCGGCACCGAGGCUCAACUCCGGCAGGUGCAGAGUGGGUGCGGGUCAGGGCCAAUGAGAGUGUGUGUGGCCAAGCCUGUUGUUCCUGAACCGAAAUUCUCCGGGGAGGGAGAGAAGAGGAGGGUGCGGGAGAUGGACUUGGAGGCGAGAGGUGGCGGCAGUUUCCAGGAGCUUUGACGUAGACUUGGAGAGGCGCCGAGCACUCCCACUGCUUAAGUAGAGGCACGGUAGCCUCCAGGACGCGGAAGCUGGGGACAGUCACUCGCUCGGGAGCAGCCUGAGCGUUUCCCUUCCGCGUACUCGAGGGAACUCUCUCCACGCGUUCGAGGGAACCCGGAAGGGGCCAGGCGGGUGAGUGCGGAGGGAAGCCCUUGUGCCAUCUGGGAGUAGAGCCGCCGAGUCAGGAGUUUUAGGGCCAUGGCUGAUCCUGGGAACAGAGGAGGGAUCCACCGCCCCUUGAGCUUCACCUGCUCCCUGCUCAUUGUGGGAAUGUGCUGUGUAUCUCCUUUCUUCUGCCAUAGCCAGACAGACUUGCUGGCUCUUAACCAAGCUGAUCCUCAGUGCUGGGAAUCCUCCUCAGUGCUUCUCCUGGAAAUGUGGAAGCCUCGCAUUUCCAACACUGUUUCGGGCUUCUGGGAUUUUAUGAUCUACCUGAAGUCAUCUGAGAACUUGAAGCAUGGAGCACUGUUUUGGGAUCUGGCCCAACUCUUCUGGGACAUCUAUGUGGACUGUGUGCUCUCUAGGAACCAUGGCUUAGGAAGGAGGCAAUUGGUUGGAGAGGAAGAGAAAAUCUCAGCAGCGCAGCCACAGCACACAAGGAGUAAACAAGGUACAUAUUCUCAGCUCCUAAGGACCUCCUUCCUAAAGAAGAAAGAGUUGAUUGAAGAUUUGAUAAGCAUGCAUGUGCGUAGGAGUGGGUCUAGUGUCAUUGGAAAAGUGAACCUGGAAAUAAAAAGAAAAUAAAUUGAA